GACCACAAAAGACCUUGUUUCCUUUGAGGCUUCCUGAGGUUUCGACUCGUGAUUUGACUGGUCUAAACAGGACAGCCGCUGGUCUGAGCUACAGGAGGAUGGAUCUCCAACAGAAAAGCUGGAUCUUCUUCCUCUGGAAUGGCCGUGAACCGACCCCGGCAGUAUCUUGUAGCUGCAGCCGUUAUCUUGUGCUGCGUCCUUCACCGGCUCUAUAAAGCUGUGUGUCGUCCUCCUCCUCUCCGCUAUCCCGGCGGGAGCGAGUGAACAUGCAGCGGGCCGUCCUGAAGCUCUGCUGUGGGAUCUCGUAUCCACAUGUACGAAGCAUGGCAGGUCUGCAGCGUGCAGCUCUCGCAGCGUUCGGCCAGGAGAUCUCGCUGCACUUGCAGAGCCGUCCCGCAUGGAGCCCGAGAUGGACUCGACACCCGGAGGAGGAGAACAAGACAGACCGAGCCGAGCACAGGACGUCUGAGGACGUGUUUUAUCUGAGACGAGGAGAAGAAGCCCUGAAUGAAGCUCUAGAGAUCGUCGAGUCCAAGGAUGGAUGGAAGCCCGAGAUGGCGGAGAAGAACGGAGACGUGAUCUAUAGCAAAGUGCUCGUGGGAAACAGGAAGGUUUUCCGCCUGGAGGCCGAGCUGGACGCGUCUCCAGAGGAACUUCACGACAUCUUGUUCGUCAGAGUGGAGGAGAUGCAUGAGUGGAACCCCAACAUCAGACGCAUCCGAGUUCUGAAGCAUGUGGGGAGGAACACCAUGGUCACACACGAGGUGUCGGCAGAAACGGCGGGAAACCUGAUUGGCCAGCGGGAUUUCCUGAGCGUCAGACAUUCGUCGAAGAGCGAGUCACGUGUUUAUUUGGGCGGAGCCGCGACGCAGUUCGAGUCCCUGCCGCCUCAGCCGGGGUUUGUCAGGGCUGAGGACGGACCCACCUGCAUCAUCCUCCAGCCGCUUCAGGAUCAUCCAGAGCGGACUCACUUCAUCUGGCUGCUCAACAUGGAUGUCAAGGGUUGGCUGCCACAGUCACUAGUGAACAAGGCUCUUCCUCGAGCACAAGCGGACUUCACUAAACACCUGCGUCUGCACCUGACCGCACAAAACAGGAGAUGAGAGACGCUGGCCGGCUUCAACACGUUACGAUAUAGGAAGACAAGACAUGCAACAUACACCUCAGAUCAGGCGCCGAGAGUUUGAGUUCUACGGCAGACAAACAGUACGAAACUCAAGUUAUCGAAGAUGAAAAUCGGCUACUUGUUCAAUUGAUUUGACCGUAUGAAAUGGCAAUAAAAAUAUUUUUCACAGUACC